UUUUAAGAAGCUAAAAAAUGAUUAAGUUUGAUAUUAAAAUUGUGCGCCUAACUAAAUUAUCAACCAUCUUAAACGAUAUAAUUAGAACCUAGACAAUCAAUACACCAUUUUACUAAUUACUACUAAUGUUAUAACAAGAUUGAACAUCUAAUAUAACAUUGCCGACCAGUUAUGCACAUGGCUAGUCGAUCGAACAAAUCCAAAUUAAUCAGACGACUAAUUGCUGUUUAACCGAUGGUCUAGCCAAGAAAUUGGUUAAGCUCGAACCACACAUGCAUCCACGCGCUUCUUAAAAGGCGAGUGAGGUUGACUUCACCAUCACUUCCCCAGUUAAAUUUCGUAGGUCCCACCGUGGACCUCUUCAGAAGGAGAAGAAGGUUUCAAAACAAAACCCUCGUGAAUCUCACCUCAACGCGCCGCGUGCAAAUCACGCUCCCUCAUUAAAAUCUCACGACUCGGUGACUCAAAUCUAUCCCUCACCGGUCUUCCGCUAAACGACGUGAGCAAUAAUAUCCGCUCACAUGACUGUCACAAAUCACAGUCACCAUCCCCCAUUUAUUCUCCGACACGUCACCAUUACCAUUAUCGCUCGCCUGUCACACAAGUAUAUCUCUUUAUUUUUACUACGCGAGUGUUCCAAGUAGCUGAAGAAAAUCUUUUAACAUCUCACCAUCUUCUUCUUCAAUGGAAACUCCGGAUUAAAUGACACUUCUGUAACUUCCUAUAUUUACUAAAAUGCCAUCUCGCCUCUCUCCGCCAGAUAUUCCGCCGCUGCAACCGACGCCUACGGUUAGUGACGGCCAUCAUCGUUUCCAGACUCUUCCACUUAUCAUAGCCGGUUCUCUGACUUUAACCGGAGUUUUACUCAUCCUCGUCACUUUACUUAUUUACCGAAGACUCUACCGAAACCGUACGGCUCCUUCAGAUCUUAUCUCCAACUCCAAGUCUCCUCAACACUACCAAUGUCGACGCUUCUCUUACUCUCAGCUCCGCCGCGCUACAAACUCUUUCUCCGAGUCGACUCACCUCGGUCACGGCGGAUUCGGCUCUGUUUACAAAGCUGAUUUCCCGAGUGGCGGCGAUUCACUCGCCGUCAAAGUCAUGGAUACCUCCGCUGGUUCUUUACAAGGCGAACGUGAGUUUCACAACGAGCUUUCUCUCUCUUCUCACUUAAUUGGCUCUCCUCAUGUCGUCUCUCUCCUUGGAUUCUCCUCCGAUCGUCGUGGUCGGAAGCUUAUCCUCGUCUACGAACUUAUGGCUAAUCGUAGUUUACAAGACGCGCUUUUGGAUCGCAAAUGUGUGGAGCUUAUGGAUUGGAACAAAAGGUUUGAGAUUGCCACGGAUAUAGCAAAAGGCAUCGAGUUUCUUCACCAUUGUUGUGAUCCAAUUAUAAUCCAUGGAGAUAUUAAACCUAGUAACAUCCUUCUCGAUUCUGAUUUCAAAGCCAAAAUCGGAGAUUUCGGUCUCGCGAGAGUAAAGUCGGAGGAUUUCGAUACUAGGAUUCUGAUUGAGGAAGAAGAUAAGAGCAAGGAUGUUGUUGAAGAUAAUGGGUCGAUUCUUGAGGAGACUGAAAGCGUGAUUACUGUGUUUGAAGAAGGUAAUAAUGUUGUCAAUCUCUCGCCGGAGACUUGUGGGAUUAGUGUCUUGACAGAGACGGUGGCCUCUCCGGGUGAAAAAUCUGGACUUUCGCCAGAGAAUUGUGCAGUGAGCAUUUUGACGGUGGAGGUGGGAGCAGCAUCUCCGGCGAUGGCAUCGAUACCGUCACCGGAGACUUGUGCGAUUAGCGUUUUGACGGAUACUGGAUUGUCACCGGAAAGUAGCAAGCUUAAAGUGGGAUCGAAGAGAGAUUGGUGGUGGAAACAGGACAACAAUGGUGGAAGCAGAGGAGGGAUUGAAUCAGGGAGUGUGAAGGAUUACGUGAUGGAAUGGAUUGGGAGUGAGAUUAAGAAAGAGAGACCUAGCAACAAUAAGGAAUGGAUCAACAAUGGUGAUGGGUCAUCAUCAGUCUCUAAGAAGAAGAAGAAAGAGAAGAAGAGAAAGCCUAGAGAGUGGUGGAAGGAAGAGUUUUGUGAAGAGCUGACUAGAAAGAAGAGGAAAAAGAAGAAGAAGAAGAAAAGAGGGUUAAGCUCAAUCUCAAGCAUUGACUCUUGGUUUCAUAGAGACGAUGGUGCUUCCUCUGUUCAUGACCACAAUCUUAAUCCUACCAAGAGGAAGAAGAGGAAUAGUAUAGAUUGGUGGGUAGAUGGGUUAAGUGGGGAGCUGAAGUCAGUCAUGGGUAAAAAAAACAGUCAAGAUUCUGGUUUGUGGUGUGAUGUGAAUGUUCAGAAGAGUGGUGGAGUCAGCAGCACACCGAGUAUGAGAGGUACGGUGUGUUACAUUGCACCAGAAUGUGGAGGAGGAGGUGUGUUGUCUGAGAAAUGCGAUGUUUAUAGUUUUGGGGUUCUGCUUUUGGUUCUUGUCUCAGGAAGACGGCCAUUGCAGGUGACUGCUUCGCCGAUGUCGGAGUUUGAGAGGGCUAACUUGAUUUCAUGGGCUAAGCAAUUAGCUUGCAAUGGUAAAUUGUUGGAGUUAGUUGAUAAAUCUAUACACUCUUUGGAGAAAGAGCAAGCGGUUCUUUGUAUUACUAUUGCAUUGCUUUGUCUGCAAAGAUCUCCGGUUAAGAGACCAACGAUGAAGGAGAUUGUUGAGAUGCUUUCGGGUGUGUCUGAGCCACCGCAUUUGCCGUUUGAGUUCUCACCCUCGCCGCCUAUGGGUUUUCCGUUUAAGUCAAGGAAGAAAGCACGGUGAAAUUCGGGUUUGGUUAUGACUUAUGAGCUCAGUCAUCAAGUGUAGGAUUUUUCCGGUCCAAAGCUAAACCAAUUGCGAGUUGUAGGAACUAUUUGAUUCCGUAAGAUUAGCUUUUUGCAAAUAUUUAUGAAUAUUUAGUUGCUUAACAAAUUAGUUUAGACAAUAAAGAAGUUCCAAUUGACAUCAAGAAGAUGAUCAUGAUUAUAGUUUAAUUGCCUUUUUCUUUUGCUGAAAUCUAUGCACAAGGCACAAAACUAUAUGGGCCCAGAUAUAAAAAUGUUUGCCAUCACUCAUCACUGUCUCCUGCUGUAUGCAAUUAUGGGUAUGGGGCAAAUUU